UCGUUUGCCAACCACGAAGAAUUCCAUUUGACUAUUCCACGGAGUUCCCGGGAGUUUCAGCAACGUUGGUUCGAGGUUAGUGAAUAAAAACUGCGGGCAUGAACAUUUUUUCUCGAUUUGUGCCAUCUAUACGGCCUAUUAACAGAUCUCCAUGUGCGGAGCUUAAUUGAGUGACUUGAGAAAACUUUGGAUGGGAUCAUCUUUGGUGCGUUGGGAACAUGGAUCUCCACGGUAACGAUAACGUUACAGAAACGCAAUACCAGCUGACAGUAAUGGUGAAAGAAGAGGAGACAUAUGGAAAUAUAACUGCAUUUCAACAUGAUGACGAAAAGCUUCAGUGUACAACUGAAUCAGACCUUGCCGAGUCCGAAGUUACUACUGAGACACUACAGACAGCAGCGGAGAUUGAAGUGACGAUCGAAGACGACCAUGAGCCCGAUUAUCUGCUGGAAAAUACAACUCAACAGAAGAUCCAUGGACAGAAUUAUGAACUGAACCUGCAGCGCAAAGGAAGGCUGCACCACUGCACCGUCUGCAGGAGGAGUUUUACCACCCGGAGAAAACUCAAGAAACACCAGCAAACACACUCAGUCAGGGUGAAUUUUACCACAUCCUCACUUAUUAGCCACCACAUGCAAAUUCAUACGGGAGGGAAGCCUUAUCAGUGCUCCCAGUGUGGAAGAGGUUUUUCACACAGCUCAAGUCUUGCACGUCACAUGCAUGAACACAAAGGAGAGAAGCCUCAUAAAUGUGCCCAGUGUGGAAAAGCUUUUAUAACCUCCUCAGAUCUCAAACGCCACAUGCUUACACAUACUGGAGAAAAGCCUUAUAAAUGUGUCCAGUGUGGAAAAGCUUUUUCACAACCGUCAACUCUUAAGAGCCACAUGCGAAUACACACUGGAGAGAAGCCUCAUGAAUGUACCCAGUGUGGAAAAGCAUUUAUAACCUCCACAGUACUCAAACUCCACAUGCUUACACAUACUGGAGAAAAGCCUUAUAAAUGUGUCCACUGUGGAAAAGAAUUUUCACAAAUGUCAACUCUGAAAAACCAUAUGCUAAAACACACUGUAGAAAAGUCUCAUAAAUGUUCCCAGUGUGGAAAAUGUUUUCAACAAAUUUCUAGUCUUGAAACACAUAUGCUCACACACAGUGGAGAGAAGCGUUAUAGAUGUUCUCAGUGUGGAAGAGGUUUUCAACAAAUUUCAACUCUGAAAAACCAUAUGCUAACACACAGUGGAGAGAAGCAUUACAAAUGUUCCCAGUGUGGAAGAGGUUUUUCACACAUGUCAAGUCUUUCACGCCACAUGCGUGAUCACAAAGGACAGAUGCCUCAUAAAUGUUCCCAGUGUGGGAAAACUUUUUUACACAUUUCACGUCUUAAAAUCCAUAUGCUACUACAUACUGUAGACCACCCUCAUAAAUGUGUCCAGUGUGGAAGGGGUUUUCAACAACUUUCUAGUCUUGAAACUCAUAUCUUAACACAUGCGGUAGAGAAGCCUCAUAAAUGUUCCCAGUGUGGAAGAGGUUUUUCACACAUGUCAAGUCUUGCACGCCACAAGCUAGAUCACAAAGGAGGGAAGCCUCAUAAAUGUUCCUAUUGUGGAAGAGGUUUUUCACACAUGUCAAGUCUUUCACGUCACAAGCGUGAUCACAAAGGAGAUGAGUCUCAUAAAACAAUGAUGCCUACACAGACUGUAGGGAAGCCUCAUGAAUGUUACUGGUGUGGAAGAAGUUUUUCACAAAUUUCACGUCAUAAAUGCUACUUGCUACCACAUAAUGGAGAGAAGCCUUAUAACUGUUUCCAGUGUGGAAGAGGUUUUUCACACACGUCAAGUCUUUCACGCCACAUGCGUGAUCACAAAGGACAGAUGCCUCAUAAAUGUUCCCAGUGUGGAAAAACUUUUUCACACAUUUCACGUCUUAAAAACCACAUGGUGAUGCACACGACAGAGAAGCCUCAUAAAUGUACCGAGUGUGGAAAAGCUUUUACGCGAAUUUCAACUCUGACAAACCAUAUGCUAGCACACACUGUAGAAAAGGCUCAUAAAUGCUCCCAGUGUGGAAUAGGUUUUUCACACAGCUCAAGUCUUGCACGUCACAUGCAUGAACACAAAGGAGAGAUGUCUCAUAAAUAAGCCCAGUGUGGAAAAGGUUUUCCACAUCUUUCUAGUCUUAAAACCCAUAAUGUCAAUGCAUAUGUAAAUGCACUGUUAGGGUGAAUAAAAACCAGAACACCAGCAAAUGCACACUGUUAGGGUGAAUAAAAAUCACAACACCAGCAGCAGGAAGUAGUUCUGUUUUGUUUGAACAUCAACAGAAGUGACGUCACCCAGCACCAUAUGUCAAUGCAUACUGGAGGGAAGCCUAAUGGAUGCUCCCAAAGUGGGAAACAAGCAACGUUUUUAUCGCCACAUGCAUGGACACAAGGGACAAGAACCCGGCAAACGCACACUGUUAGGGUGAAUACAAAUCAGAACACCGGCAAAUGCACACUGUUAGGGUGAAUACAAAUCAGAACACCAGCAGCAGGAAGUAGUUCUGUUUUGUUUGAACGGCAACAUAAGUGACGUCACCCAGCAUCACUUAGAGUACCUUUAAGAGAAGAGCAGCGAAGCCUCAUCGGUGUGCCCAGUGUAGUAAAACAUUUGCCAAAUCCACAGGUCUUAAACGCCACAUGCUUACACACACUGGAGAGAAGCCUCAUCGGUGUGCCCAGUGUAGUAAAACAUUUGCCAAAUCCACAGGUCUUAAACGCCACAUGCUUACACACACUGGAGAGAAGCCUCAUCGGUGUGCCCAGUGUAGUAAAACAUUUGCCAAAUCCACAGGUCUUAAACGCCACAUGCUUACACACACUGGAGAGAAGCCUCAUUAAUGUGCCCAUUGUGAAAAACAUUUGACAGGCCCACAGAUCUUAAAUACAUGCUUACACAUCCUGGAGAGAAGUAUUUUUUUCUUCUUGCACAGCAUAUGCUGAUACCAUAAUGGUAAUGCAUAUAUUUUUAUUUUUACCUCUAAAUAAAGUCCAAGAAAUACAAUCAUCUGUAUGUUGUUCUCUUUCUGUAAAAAUAGUUUUUAUAUGUGUCUUGUUAUUGUCGGAAAAACAUUGAUGUAAAGCACAUGCAUAUAGAAAUAUGUAGCCUAUAUUUCAAUAAAUAUAUUGCAGAAAAUAGUUA